CGGCACAUACAUCCAAAAAAAAGCAUCGAUUUGUCGCGCAAUGAGUAUCAGUUUAGCGGCCUUUGCAGCCCGAAGAAAAUGUGCGAUGAGGCGCAUUUUCUGCCAGAGAAGAUGGAAAAGCUGACGCGAGUGGAGAUUAUUGAAUAUCUUCGCAUCAGCCACGAGGAAAUUUACGAAAUCGUCCUGCUCUUCCAACAGUUCACUUCUCCCCAAUUGCUGGCAUGCAUUGUAGUCGAAGUUUCCAUACUGAUCAUCAACAUUUACUCGGCCAUGGUUUAUUUGAUGUACCAAUCCGACAAAGUGAUAACUACAAGUACAUUUGCGUUGAACUGCAUCUACGUGGUGGCGCAUUUUAUUGGGUUUUUUUGGUUUUUCAAAAACAUCAACAACUUGAUGAGAAUCGUUCAGGGCUUGAAACCGAUACUAAUCGCAUGUUCCCUAAGUGCCCAGACUGAUGAGGAACAUCAACAAUUUCGGAUUUUCGUCAACAAAGUGACCAAUCAACGACCAUUUUCUAUGAACGAUUUUUUCAAUGCUGAUCUUGGCAUUAUGGGCCCUGUGAUUGGAAGCAUUUUGACGUAUCUUUUAGUGGCUCUUCAGUUUGAUAUUCCUGCCCAGGAGCACAAUAAUUAAGAAAAUCGUCCAUUAAACAUACAGGGAUUUUGCAGCCGAUGUCCUGUUGUGCUUUCGUCUGUUCUAUUUCUUCAUUCUUCUGUA